AGAUCAACGACAAUGUUCAGAUCAUUGUCGGUUCCUGGUCUGAUCUAUUCCAUGGUCAAGUAUAGGAUCCAUCAAAUGUGACAAAUCAGAUGGCUGGUUUCAAGCGGGGCCGAAACAUGAAGUCGAUGCCUCGGUCAUGCAGCAGCAAUAAACCUCUUGCGUUGUGCAUGCAGCCCAUAAGGAAUAUGGGUUCCUCAUGCGUUUGUCCUAAAUCAAGGAUCAUGGCCUCUCAUGAAAGGGCCCGUGCAUCUAGAAUCGCAGGUUUACAAACUAGAUGCCUUUCCAGGUCUAUCUCCAUCGCCAAAGAACAUAACUUAAUGUGCACGGAGCAGUCCAAAUCCACUAAAGCUUUGACCGUACUCCUCGGAAACCAUCGCCCAGAAGGUGCGCAUUGCGGAGAUGGAACGGGAUAUGCUGAAGUAGUGGAGCAAUGCUCGUUGCAGAGUGAGACCGCAAAGCUGCAGGGGGGAAAGAUGCAUCAGCCCGGCAAUGAAUCUCGGAAGAUACCUCGGUCGGAUCGAUUGGAGGUGUAUACAGCGAUGAUACAAGCGGAGCAUCAACAAGCGGUGGCAAGUACGACGGGCUCAAUCGGUGAUGUAACAAGGAAGACCAUUUGGGCGGGCGUUCGGGAAUCCCGACGGAACAAAAGGCGAAACGAAACGGUCGAUCUUCCACGGACGCUUAAUCUUCGGGAUCCAGCGACGUCCGAAACAUCUACAACCUCAAAUGUCCAUGCUUGAGGAAACAGGGUGACUUGUGCAACUAUAGCCGGGAUUUCUUGGUGGCCUUGACGCGUCUGAAGUUCUCACCGAGUGUCAGCAGCUCAUCGCCAACACACGAUUCAUCUCCGAGUAAGCAGGAAAACUUGCCGAAGUCAUUCGACUUUGCCGUACUGCUGAGCCGGUGCUAGCUCUCUUAGAAGCUGAGGCAAAG